AUGAGGGACUACAACGACGAUGGGUCGGGUGCUCAAGAUCGUGAGCUCACGCACGAGGAGAAGGUCCGCCGUUGCCUCGCCGACUCGCCCUCCCCAACGGGUUCCCCGAUGCGUCAAGAUGACUCACCCCUGACUAUCGCCGAGUGGAAGGCUAAGUCAGAGGAGUCCGAUCGUAAAGCUGGCGUUGAGUAUGUCCGUCACAGCCAGACCAAGGAGUUGUUCCGCGUCGACCGUAGGGAGAAAGAGUCCAUGGGCAACUACAUCACCACACUUGAGGCUGAGGCCGCCAAGGUCAAGACGCUUGAGGCUCAGGUCGCCAGGCUUAAGGAGCAAAUGGCCAGUAUGCAGGCUGAGAAGGACAAGAAGAUCCUUGCUCUCGAGUCUGGGUUCAAGGCUCUCGGCUUGGACACCCAGGCCACCGCUACUCCGGCGCCCACCAUCGCUAAGUGUGAUGAUGAGGUCAAGGUCGCCAACACCGGGGAGAAGGUCGAGAUGAUGGAGUACAAGUGA